ACUUCGAUGCAUUCAAAGUCCAAAUAGACAUUCAUGAACUUGGAACUGGCGUCACGUAGAAGUAGAAAUUAUUAAAAUUUCCUUUUCUUAAACCUGAAAUAGGGUUGCAUAUACAUGGGCAGAUAAGUCUUGGCUCGGGUUUAGUGAGCGAUCAUAAGGGGCAGUGGCUUGUCAUCUAUGAUUGUCACAAGGUAUUUCUCAAUUAUCUCUGACUGCGAGGAGAUUAUUAAAAUCAGGAAACAUGUUUCGGACAGUAGCAAGAGUAAGACAAGGCAUGAGAGACCUGAAGCAGCGUUCUCUUAUACCUGCUUCUUCAAACUAUCAACAGAAGACACCACUGAGUAUACAGGCUGGUAUAAAGAGCCAAAUGGAGUAUACGCACAUCAUUGUGGGAGCCGGGUCUGCAGGAUGUGUUCUGGCUAAUCGUCUCUCUGCCCAACCUAGCAACAAGGUUCUACUCCUGGAGGCGGGACCAAAAGAUAAUUCGUGGACGAUCCAAAUGCCAGCUGCUUUGGGGGUUUGUCUUGGCAGCAAAACACACAACUGGUAUUACCACACAGUUCCUCAAAGGCACCUUAACAACAGGAAGAUGUACUGGCCAAGAGGUAAGGUCGUAGGAGGUUCUUCAUCUAUCAAUGGAAUGGUGUAUAUCCGAGGCAAUGCUGCCGAUUACGAUAGAUGGGAGAGAGAGGGCGCUAUCGGAUGGUCCUAUGCAGAUUGCCUUCCAUACUUCAAACGUGCCCAGUGUCAUGAGAAAGGUGAAGAUGACUACAGAGGAGGGGAUGGCCCGCUUCAUGUCUCCGUCGGUAAAUCAGAAAACCCUCUAUUCGCAACGUUCGUUAAGGCGGGUGAGGAAUGCGGAUACCCAUUUACACCUGACAUGAACGGAUAUCAGCAAGAAGGGGUUGGAUACCUCGAUAUGACAACCUUCAAGGGAAGGCGAUGGAAUAGCUCAAACGCAUACCUUGGCUCAGAGGAUGUCCGGAAAAGGACCAACCUGACAAUCCAAUCACGAGCAUUAGGUGAAAGAGUUUUAUUCGAGGGGAUAAAGGCAGUAGGUGUGGAAUUUUCCUGUGGUAAUGAAAAGAAGGUUGCAAGGGCAUCACAAGAAGUUAUUCUGUCCGGUGGCGCAGUCAAUUCACCGCAGCUGCUAAUGCUGUCUGGAGUAGGAAAUGCAGAUGAGUUGAAAGAGCUGGGAAUUCCAUUAGUUGCUCACAUUCCCGGCGUGGGUCGGAACCUUCAAGAUCACUUACAGCUUUACAUCCAGUAUAAAUGCAGGAAGCCUGUCACACUUUAUACACCAAAGUGGAAGACGCCCUUCUCUAUGGUCAAGAUAGGACUUGAAUGGUUCAUGUUCAAGACUGGGCUCGGCACAUCAUUUCAUCUUGAAGCAGGAGCUUUUGUGAGGAGCCGUCCGGGAGUAGAUCAUCCAGAUAUCCAGAUGCACUUUUUGCCAGUAGUAGUUCAUGAUCAUGGUCAAGUACCCGGAGACUGCCACGGUUUUCAGAUUCAUGUCAAUACAUUGAGGGAGAGCAGCAGAGGUUUUAUUAAGCUUAUGUCUCGUGAUCCCGUCGAGCAUCCACUCAUUGAUCCUAACUACUUCGACGCUGAAGUUGAUAUUAGGGACUUAAGACUAAGUAUCAAUAUCACUCGAGAGAUCAUCGCCCAGAAGGCCUUUGAUGAAUACCGUGGGGAGGAAUUGUCGCCAGGAGCGUCUGUCCAGACGGAUUCCGAACUUGAUGACUUCAUCCGUGCUAAAACCGAGACUAUCUACCAUCCAACCUCAACCUGUAAAAUGGGUUCUGAAGACGAUCCAAUGGCUGUAGUUGACCACAAUACCAGAGUCUUUGGCCUAGAGAAUCUCAGGGUUGUUGAUGCUUCAAUCAUGCCAAGCAUCGUCAGUGGAAACACCAAUGCUCCAACCAUCAUGAUUGCUGAGAAGGCGGCCGAUAUUAUCCUCGGUAAUAACCUUCUAGAAAGAAGCAACGUGCCGAUUUGGAGACCGACAUCAUUAGAUACCCAAAGAGAGGGCGAACCCUUGGUUAAAUACUAUGACGCUGAAUAAGAGUUUUGUCAAUUUUUGCCAUAACCAUGAUAGCAUGUAGUCAUUUUUAAAGUUAUUUCCCAUUCAAUGAACAUAAUGAUAAAACAUUAAAACAUUAUGCAUCGUUAAUAUUUCACCGAUAUAUAAAUUUCCCUUUUGCACUUCAAUAGGAGUUUUGUUUUGGACUUUCUUUUGAUCCUACUAUCACAACAUCACAUAUUUCAUAAGAGUUACCACAAGCACUGUGUAAGGUUUGGGUUUCAUCAGUUUUUCCCCUUCAAAUUAAAGUGAAAUUUCAUCGCUUCUGCUAUUUUUUUUUGUGGUGAGUGAAUGUCAUUUAACUGGUGUCUCUACGGAAUUUUGGUGAAGCACAUCUUGGUGAAUAUUAUGCAGGCAUAUGUUUUGCAUGAGAUAGACGUUCUUCGUCACAAUCCCCCAACGGUUAGGAGAGCAAUGCAAGACAUGCGGCGUCCGACAGGGGAGGUACUGUGAAAGCCUCGAAGGUGUUGGUGCAAAAAGUAAGGAUGAACGUGCUAAACAGAAAUUGAAGCUAGGCAGUUGAUGUGUAAAUGCCUUUCACUCACACACAAAGAAAUUAACACAGGUGAAAACAUUCAACUAACAUUUGAAGGGAACACUCUUCUGUAAGCAAACCCUAAAACAAAGUUGAUUUCGUGCAUGUAUCUUAAAACCCCAAGACUUAGAAAAAGGUUUUGUACCCUUUUGCCUUCAAAGGACCAUAACUCUCUGACCAGUGACAAUUGUGAAGUAAGCAUAGUGUCAAAUUAAAGUUGAUGAGUUACUGAAUUAAGUAGAAUAGAAGACGUAAGAAUAAAUCAAGUAUUCUUAAUAUAUGACUGACCUUCGAACUUCGGUUACCUUUUUUAUAGAGACACCCUGUACUACCAAUAUCACUAUAUAUACUUAUCAUUGAAAGUUCCUUCACCCUCCAUAUAAUGUCCCAUUCACAUAAAUUGUUGAUUUUUGAUAAAUGAACCUUCUGUGCUUGCCACUUUUUACUCUGAAUCAUUCAAAGAUUGAAUUUAUUUCAGUAUGAAAACAAAAAUUAUUUACAUGAUGACAUGUACUCUAAUCAUAAAGUGAAUAAAAACUCACUUCUUUUUGUCGCAGAGUCUGUGUAUAUUUUAUAUAGAAAUACCUUUGACUUAACCACAGAUGUCAUCACAAGAUAAAACGAAUACUAAGAUUCCAGACAUAAGUUGCGUAACAUCAUGAUAAAUAAGAAAGCAUAGAAUUCAUGACAAUUUAUAUUUUGAAUUUUUAUUCAAUAGAUAAACAUAUUCCGAAUUACACUUUACUUGGUUACAUGGAGUAAUAUAACCCUGCCGUGCCAGGCUUCCACGCAAAAUUAAUAUUAUUAUGAUAGCCAUUGUCUUAAUACGUUGCAUUUCGAGUGUUUCCAUCUGAUGUCCACACUCUUUUUCCUACAACCCUGACGCGCCUGACACCUAAUUUUUCAAGGGAACAUUCUUAUUCGUGUUAUGACCUUAAUUAAAGUUGACAUUAAUUGUCUUUACAUACAAUUUACAGAAUGUGUAUUUCAUUGGACGAAGUGUGUUUAGGGCCCAAUUUUUGCUUAUGCUAUUGGAUAUUAGGCACACAAUGCUUCUUCGCUGGUCGGAGUCUUUCAUCGCACGAAAGAAGAGAAGAAUCUACUUCAAAAAGAAUGUCUUUUAACUGGAGAAAUGAGAAAAAAUGAAAGAAUAAUAAGACCUCUGGUGUGAAUUUUGAUUCAUGGAUUAACAAAAUGGUAAAGAUGUGAGGUUUAUUUGUCCUUAGAAUAUUAAAAUAAUUGUUCUAAAAAGGUAGUUCUGAACGAAAGACGAGUUCAGUGCCGAGGCGAAGAUCACAUGUUGCAACACAGAGUGCUAGUGAAUAUUCAAUAGCAUAAACGAAAACCAAAGAAAUUCAAUACGAACACACCUCUGCUAAUGAAAGAAUACAUUUAGACAGGGGUGAAAUUCAUAUAAAACCAAAUCAAAGAAUUAAAAUGCUGCGUGUACAAAAGUGAAUAGGAAAUUGGGGUGUCGGAGUAGCGCCAGGGGUGUCAAAAAAUGAGGUCAUGUUAUGGAAACAUCUAUUGUAUACCUGUAGUCUGUGAAAUGACGUGCAAUUUACAUACAACGUGCUACGUAAACAAUCUCCACAGGAUCAUAAUCAUCAUUAAAAGGCAUUGUGAGGAAUUUUCGAUUUUCUUCCACCCCAAUUACUUAUAGAAAUGCAAAACUGAAAUAGGAAUAAUUAUCACCCAUACAUCAUGUCCCAAGUUUCUAUAUGACAAAUCAAGUACGUACUCGUCAUUAUUAGUGUUUUAUUACAUUCUAAACUUUGGCAAGACCAAGUACUAGAGUACUGUGAUAAGAUAUCAUAACACAGAUUUAUUUGAAUACCAUAAAUCAAAUAUACAAAUGGUGCAUUAUUACUCUAAGAAAAAUAUGAAUGAAAACGUCACUGAAUUUUUAUUCUUAACUAAGUGGUUAAACGUACAUGACAGACUAAAAUUCAUAAAGUGAACACUAAAAAAGUGACGAAACUAAUUCUUAUUGUACAUGUAUUACGUAAUGUAAUUUGGGUUUACGGUAAAUAAGAAAGUAUAUCCAUGAAACUGCCUCCAUGAAAUAUCAAGCAGAAAAUAUUUUAUUACACUCAUUUAAACAAAUACAGACCUUCCA